GGCCGGGUCGCGCCCGGAGGGAGGGACGGCGAGCCGCGCCGAGCCGAGAGAACCGCCGGCCUAGCGGAGCGCAGGAGUCCCUCCCUCUCUGAAGGCUGUGCCUAAGGAAGUUGGGACCCUAGGAGGGUGCAUUCGCCACCUGGAGGUAUCUCUCAGGGCCAGACAGGCCUUCGCAGUGUCAAGAUGAGCGUCACAUCAUGGUUCCUAGUGAGCAGCAGCGGCACCCGCCACCGGCUUCCCCGUGAGCUCAUCUUCGUUGGGCGCGAUGAGUGUGAGCUCAUGUUGCAGUCCCGUAGCGUGGACAAGCAGCAUGCUGUCAUCAACUACGACCAAGACCGCGAUGAGCACUGGGUGAAGGAUCUGGGCAGUCUCAAUGGGACUUUUGUGAAUGAUGUACGCAUCCCCGACCAGAAAUACGUAACACUGAAGCUCAAUGACGUCAUCCGCUUUGGCUACGAUUCCAACAUGUACGUUCUAGAGCGUGUGCAACACCGUGUGCCUGAGGAGGCACUCAAGCAUGAGAAGUAUACCAGCCAGCUGCAAAUGAGUGUCAAGGGCUCCUUGCCCAAGAUGGGUGAGGUGCUUCCAGAGCAUACACCCUACUGUGAGUCCUCGCACCCCAGGCCAGAGAAGGGAGACCGAAGACCUGGAGCAGAGGCGGUGGCUUACCGCACUCCCCUGUAUGGGCAACCCUCCUGGUGGGGUGAGGAUGACAGUGUGGCUGCGCCUGAGGACCGGCGCCAGGAGGAGCCCUAUCCAGAGUGCCCCAAGGAGCUGGUGCAGCAGGGUGGCGAGCUGGAUGGCUGUCGUGCCCCUGUGGAUCCACCAGUCCACUCAUUCCGGCGAGAGCCCAGCUACUUUGAGAUCCCCACGAAGGAGACCCCCCAGCUCCCACGCCCUCACGAGGUGUCAGAACAGGAAGUGCCCACAAAGGACCAGGAGGCAGAUGGUGGCCGGCCGGCCCCUGUGGUGCAGAGCCAUGCUUCCUUCACUAUUGAGUUUGACGAUUGCAGCCCCGGCAAGGUGAAGAUCAAGGAUCACAUCACCAAGUUCUCCCUGCGCCAGCGGCGGCCCCCUGGCAAGGAAGCCACACCUGUGGAGAUGGUCUCUGCGGAGACCAAGGUAGCCGACUGGCUGGUACAGAAUGACCCGAGUCUGCUGCGCCGGACUGGUCCAGGGGAUGACCGCCACAGCACCAAGAGUGACCUUCCCAUACACACCCGUACCCUGAAAGGCCACAAGCAUGAAGAUGGCACUCAGAGUGACUCAGAGGACCCCUUAGCCAAGGCAGCCUCAGCAGCUGGAACUCCUACAGAGGCCAGUGGGGAGCAGGUGCGGCUACAGAGGCAGAUCAAGCGGGACCCUCAGGAGCUUCUGCAUAACCAGCAGGCCUUUGUCAUCGAGUUCUUUGAUGAGGACACACCCCGCAAGAAGCGCUCACAGUCCUUCACACACACCCCACUUGGGGACCCUAAGGUGGAUAAGCGUCGAGGCCCUGGGGCUGCUGACAGAGAGCGUCCAGGUGCCCCUGCCAGAGUGGCAGGCAGCAUCUCAGGACCCCAGAGGGCCAGUUCACUCAAGCGGGAGAAGACAGAAGAACGGUUGGGCAGCACCUCACCUGCCCCUCGUGCCACUGCCCGCCCUUUUGGCAGUGUGGGACGCCGUUCCCGCCUAGCUCAAGACUUCAUGGCCCAGUGUCUGAGGGACAGCUCCCCGGCUACACGGCCUGCCCCUGAGAAGGUGCCCCCGAUUCUGCCCACCCCCCUGACACCCCGUGAGGCCAGCCCUGUGACCCCUUCAACCACUCCACCUCCCCCUAUGGACCCCCAGCUGACCAAGACACGUAGACAGGAGGAGGACGACAGCGUCAGUGACGCAGGCACCUACACCAUUGAGACAGAGGCACAGGACAGGGAAGUGGAAGAGGCUCGGAAGAUGAUUGACCAGGUUUUUGGUGUGUUUGAGUCUCCUGAACUCUCCAGAGUGUCAUCAGCCACCUUCCGCCCAGUUAUCAGAGGGGACAAAGAUGAGUCCAGUGAUGGGGAUGUGGCCCAGCGGAUGGCUUUACUGCAAGAGUUUGCGUCCCGGCCAGCAGGCAUGGCCCCCCAGAUGGAGCAGCAGGGCCUCCUGGUUCCAGGCUCUCCUGGGGCUCAGAAGUGGGUGUCCCGCUGGGCCAGCCUGGCUGACAGCUACUCAGACCCUGGCCUUAUUGAGGACAGCCCUGGACGUAGACCUGGAGAGCCUGAGGGGCCUCUGCCUGUGCGCACUCGGCGACUGCUUCCUCAGCUGCCCAGUGGUAGAGCUGACAGCCCUGCAGGUCCUGAGGCUGCAAGGCGGAGUGGCCCAGGGCCACCAGAGCUGAGCAGUGAGCAGGCCAACCACCUUAUAAGCCAAGAAGACUUGGACCCUGACAGCCUUAGUGAUGCCAGUGGGUCAGAUGGGGGCCGGGGUGCUGAGCCAAGCACUGAGCGGCAGGAGGAACUGGCAUGGGCCAGGGGGCGGCGCUCACCAAGGGCCCCUGGGGAGCCAGUCUCCACCACUUUCUUUAUCAGUAACCAGAAUGGGGAGGCCACCUUCUCCAGGAAACCAUUUGUGACUUCUGGGGAAAUGGUCGGCCCAGGGCAGGUGACUCAGGCAAGCCCCCCAGCAAGGGAUGGCCUCUAUGUCAGCAGCAGCGGGAGGAUGGUCAUUCAGCUUCACAGCGGGCGGUCCCCAGACCCAGAACCAGCCCCGCCAAAGGAGACCCUGGCCAGUGGGCAAUCCCCAGAGUCUGACCUGGCUCCACCCAAGGAGGCAUUGUCCUUCAUCCGGCAAGAGAGCUUUACCAAGGAGCCAACCAGUGGAUCCCCAGUGCCUGGCAAGCUUCCCCACAUCUCCAGCCACCCACUGCUGCAGGACCUUGCAACAGCACGGGCCUCACGCAUGGACUUCCACACACAGGACACUCACCUGAUCUUGAAAGAAACUGAGACGGCUCUGGCGGCCCUGGAGGCCCGGCUGUUCUCCAAAUCUGCAGAUGAAGAGUGUGAUGGGGGCAACACACCCAGGCCUCCAGAGGACUCCCUCUCAGGGGAUUCAGAUGUGGACACAGCCAGCACCAUCAGCCUGCUCAGUGGCAAGAAUGGACCUAGCCCAACAACUCCCCAGGCCUCAGGGCCACAGAAGGACAGCCUGCUGUCCCCACCGGCAGCAACAGACCCUGGGGGCGUCACCCUGAACAGUACCCGGGAGCGGCUGUCUGAGAAGCAGCAACGGGUACCAGGACCAGCAGACCUCAGCCGUGGAGAGCCCACAAGGCGCCUAGGUGUGCGGCGUGGCCAUGGGCCUCAAGGGUCCUUGGACUGGCCUGAUGAAGAGCGGGUCACCCCCCUUGCCCACCCACCCAGCUCCAACCAUUUAACCUCUGAGGUUACUGGGGCAAAUCGACCAGGGCCACGUCGGAAACCAGCUGCCCCUCCACCAUCCCCAGCUGCCAGGGAGGAGCAGAGCCGCAGUUCCACCCCUGCCCAGAAGGUGCAGCAGGCACUGACCCGCUCCAACAGCCUGUCUACUCCACGGCCCACCAGGGCCUCCCGGCUCAGGCGAGCCCGCCUGGGGGAUGCCUCAGACACUGAGGCUUUGGAUGGUGAACGUGGGGCCCCUGCCAACUCUGAGCCAGCAAGCCGGCCAGCUGCUGAACAAGCCAAGAAGCUGACACGCUUGGACAUCCUAGCUAUGCCCCGGAAGCGUGCUGGCUCCUUCACAGGGCCCAGUGACUCUGAGGCAGUCCCUGCUCGCACUGGCUUCUCUGGCCGCAGCGCUGAGCUGUCCUGCACCAGCCGUAAACCCACCAUGGCUGAGGCCCGUGCUGCUGCCAGGAAGGCUGCUGCCAGCGCAGCCACCAUGGGCCCACGCCAGCCCUUCAGCAGGGCCCGCCCGGGCAGUGCCAGAUACUCCUCCAACACGCGUCGCCGGCAGCAGGGCUCGGAUUAUACGUCCACCUCCGAGGAGGAAUAUGGGUCCCAUCACGGCUCCCCCAAACAUACACGCUCCCAUGCUUCAACAGCCACGCAGACCCCGCGGGCUGGUAGCUCUGGCCGGGCUCGCUCCCGGAUCCCUGGCCCUCGGGACACAGAUGACGACGAGGAGGAGCCUGAUCCCUAUGGCUUCAUCGUGCAGACAGCCGAGAUCGCUGAGAUCGCCAGGCUGAGCCAGACACUGGUGAAGGAUGUGGCCAUCCUGGCCCGAGAGAUCCACGAUGUAGCAGGAGAUGGUGACUCGCUGGGCUCACCAGGGCCCACCCGUAGUCCUUCCCUUGGGAAUGUGCCCAGUACCCCCGCCUCAACCAUCUCUGCCCGUGAGGAGCUGGUGCAACGCAUUCCAGAGGCCAGCCUCAACUUUCAGAAGGUGCCACCUGGCUCCAUGAACUCUCGAGACUUGGACCAGAACAUGAACGACAGCCGUGAGGAUGCCCUAGCUAACAAGACAAGGCCUCGGAACCGUGAGGAGGUGAUCUUUGACAACCUCAUGCUGAACCCAGUGUCCCAGCUGUCACAUGCCAUACGUGAAAACACAGAGCACCUUGCUGAGAAGAUGAAGAUCCUCUUCCAGAACACAGGCCGGGCAUGGGAGGACCUGGAGGCCAGGAUCAACACUGAGAAUGAAGUGCCCAUCCUGAAGACCUCCAACAAGGAGAUCAGCUCCAUCCUGAAAGAACUGCGACGUGUACAAAAGCAGCUAGAAGUCAUCAAUGCCAUCGUGGACCCCAGCAUGAACCUUGACCUGCUCAUGGGAAACAGGCCUCCUGUAGGGCCCACUCAGCCGGGGCUUGGGAAGGGUCGGCCAGCAGUACAGAGCCCAUCUUUGCCUGCCUCAGACACCGUGCUGCCAGCCCUGCCCCUCAGGAGCUUCCCUCAACGGGCCAACUGUGGGUCUCCUGGCCUCCCGGAGCCCACCUUUCUCCCGGAUGCUGAAAGGUUUCUGAUCUAGCCUGUGGGGCAGGCAAGGCCAGCAGGCCAGCCUUCCUGUGCGUGUCCAUCCUAUGGCUCACCUGCCUGGACACAGGUGGUUCUCUGUGAAAACCCCACUUGUGCCAUAACCCCAUGGGCAGAUGCCUCCCAUGCCCAGGCCCCCUCUCCUCAGCCCCAGCCAAAACCCCAACCACCUUGUCCAGCCCUGCAGUCACCCUCACCCCCACAGGUCUCCUGGCACAGCGCCUGUGAAGGGAAAGCCCUCAAGGCUGCAUACCCACUUCCUUUCCAUCACUCAUUUUUGUCAUUAGCUUGAAAGUAAAGAGUUGUUCUUUGCAGUGCCCUGCCAGGCCUGACCCAGAUGCCACCUGGGCCUGAGAAGCCCUGUUCUGGCCUGUUGGAUGUUUAUGUGCUGGCCUGAGACCAGGGAGAGAAAAGGGCUGGACCAUGGAGCCAGUCAGUGCCAAAUAUGGAGCUGGGCAGGCUCAUCACGUCCCUGGACUGUCCAGGAAGGAGGUCAUUUGCUUUGUGGAUCCCACAUGAGCCUGGAGCUGGAGCAUUCUGGGCAGACAAGCAGUCCAUGGAGGUGUUUGGGACAGGAACCCCACAGCCCUAAGCUUUUGGUGCCAAUACAACUUCCAAGCCCACUGACUCUAGGGACUGACCCAGAGAGCCCUCCUGAGUGAGCUUAGGCUAGCAAGUGCUGGCCUGUGCACAAAGAUGCACAUGAGACCCAAGCACGCGUCCUCACAGAGCCACCCAGGCAGGCCUCCAUACUGCAGCUGAGUCGCUGUAGGACAGGGCCCCUGGCUUCUUUCCAGUAGGCCUGGAUGUGGCUGGGUGGGCUGGCAGCCCUUUUGCUCCAGGUGAGCGCUCCACUAGAGUGGCAGGAAAAGGGAAUUCUGAAGCUCCCAUCUCAGUCGUCUAAGCCACGGGAGACCGCCCUUGGCCUCACCCCUGCCCUUCCGGAUGCCGCGGGUAUGAAAUGGCAUCUGCAGCAGGCUCCUGUGGUCUGAUCUCUCAUGGAGGCCCAGGGCUAAUUAUGUCUCUCAGGAUUCAUUAGCUGGGAACUGCCGGGUGAGCAGAGUGUGGCCCCUCUGCUGCUGCUCCACGUGGGCAGCUGAUGUCUGCGGAGGCAUUAAGCCAAAGAUCCUGUUAGCUAGGUUGGGGGUGAGGGCAAUUCCACCUUGACUGUGUGUUCUGCACCUCACCUGCGUUUGUGUGGGUGUUUCCCUUGGACAGGGCCCCACUGCUGGGGGAGAGGUGGCUGUGGUGGGGACCUGAAGCCCACAGGUGUGGUAUGGGUCUCCCUGUUUAGUUUACACUUGGCUGAUAAAGAGUCAUGCACGGGCCCUGUGUGCCUCUGCCCAGCCCACCUUAUGUUUACGUAUGCGUGUAGGGGUAGUGGCAGGGUGCCCAGCCCCCACUCCCAGAGCCUGCUGUCUGUUGGAGGAGGUGCUAGUCUGGCCUGUUAAGCCACUGCUUCCCUGCAUGCCCUGCACAGUUGCCCACAGCCUGUCCCCUAGAAACAAGCAGUGGCUGCUCACCUUUGUCUGUUGUACAGGAUCCCUCUGGUUCAUGCCUCCUGCCCUGAUCACCACUAUAUGUUUUGUUUUUUUUUUUAAUGCACAAGUUGGUGUUCUUUCUCACCUUGUGUUCCUCUGUCCCUCCAGCCUUUGACCUGGGAUUGGUACCUUACUUGCCUGGCUUCUUGGAGGUGUCUGUGCAUUGUCCUCAGGUGGUCUUGUGGAUGUCUUUCAGAAAAUGGUUAUUUUAUAUGAUUUAUCAUGGAAUUUGUUCUAAUAAAUCAUUCUUCUAUCACCUGGCAGCA